GAGGCUGUAGUUCCCCGCGGCACCGCAGAGACCGCUGCCGAAGGUCGGCCGCCGCCGCUGCGGAGGAGCGGGAGGAAGAUGUGGGUUUUUGGUUACGGGUCCCUGAUCUGGAAGGUGGACUUCCCCUAUCAGGACAAGCUAGUCGGAUACAUCACAGACUACAGCAGGCGCUUCUGGCAGGGCAGCACGGACCACCGCGGGGUCCCCGGCAAGCCUGGAAGAGUUGUGACUCUUGUUGAAGAUCCUGGGGGUUGUGUAUGGGGUGUUGCUUACAAACUGCCAGUAGGAAAGGAAGAAGAAGUAAAAGCAUAUCUUGACUUCAGAGAGAAAGGAGGCUACAGGACCACAACAGUCCUUUUUUAUCCAAAAGAUCCCACAACAAAACCAUUCAGUGUGUUGCUGUAUAUUGGAACACAUGAUAAUCCUAAUUAUCUUGGUCCUGCACCUCUGGAAGACAUUGCAGAGCAAAUUUUUAAUGCAGCCGGUCCAAGUGGAAGAAAUACAGAGUAUCUUUUUGAACUUGCAAAUUCUAUGAGGAACCUUGUACCAGAAGAUGCAGAUGAGCAUCUUUUCUCUUUGGAAAAAUUAGUAAAGGAACGUUUAGAAGGAAAACAGAACCUCAACUUCAUAUAAAGACCUAAUCGUUGGGGUUUUUCAAACAGGCAAAGCUUUUAGUCUUCUGAGAAGAAUUUCAAUGCACAAUGGCAAUAUGAUUUGGAAAUGUGUUUACUUGCAGAUCUUAUUUUUAAUGUAGGCCGGAUAUUGUCUAAAGUUAUAGUUUAAUUGCAAAAGUCCUGAAACACAUAUACUCAAAAGGUUGGGAUACGGUGAAAGAAAAAACUCAAGAUUUAAUAACAUAAUUUCUUAACUAUAUUAUAAUAUUGAACACUUGUUCUGUAGAAGUGACUUCCUUAGAAAGAUAAAGUGAAGGUCUCAGUUCAGAUGUUUUUAAUCAGAGUAAAAAUAAUUCCAUUGUUUCAUAUGACAAUACUACUUUGAAAUUAUAGAGAAUUAAGCCAAAAGUCCAAUAAAUAUAAGGUUAUACCUUCAAUAUAUUCCUAUACAAUUCUAUAACCAUGGUUUAAAAUAUACAAUCUUAAUGUGUGAUUAGAAAUAUGUGGUAAUAUAGACAAAAUUUCAGCCUUAA